AUUUUUGGACACCCUGUAUAUUACGCGUACGUACAUCCAUGCAUACAGAACGAUAACUUUAUGAGGCUUCGUUGUGUUGGCAGCAAUGUGUGGUGACAAUUUAAAUUCUCUGGAGAAAGCCAGACACAAGUAACAGACAAUAAAGUUCGUUUUCAAACUUAUAUUAUUUGAAACGUCUGUUGUAAAUGCUAUGUAUUAAUAAAAACAGAAUGGACGAUAUAUUAGCUUUAAAGAACAAACAUGUGAAAGUUUCGGAUAUGCAAUUGAGAGAGUUAUUGGAAAAGAAACUAAUGUUGCUGGAUCGAGUCAAAACUGAACAGGAACAAUACUGCAACGAAGAUGAAGUAAAAAUCCAGGAAUUAACAUCGAAAAUAACCUCCAUGCAAGAAAGUCUUCAAUCUGAAAAACAAACAUUAGAAUAUAAGGAGCAUGAUUUGGCCAAGCAUUUAAAUAGCAUAGCAGAGUUAGAAGCUGAGAAAAACAAAUUUAUGGAGGAGAACCAUACGUUAGAGUUAAAAAGAAAUAAACUUAAAACUCUUAAACGAAAUAUACAAGAUCAAGAAUUAUUGGAUCGAGGAAGAAAAAAAUAUAACUUAUAUAAAGAAUUGUCUAGGAUACGAUGGCACUAUGGAGAUGUUGAAGAAAAUGUUAAAGGAU